AUGUUUCUCCAGUAUUACCUAUGUGAGCAGGGCGGUCAUGUCUAUACACUGAAGAAAUUUGACCCUAUGGGACAACAGAUUUGCUCUGCCCAUCCUGCUCGGUUCUUCCCAGAUGAUAAAUAUUCAAGACACCGAAUCACUAUCAAGAAACGCUUCAAGGUGCUCAUGACCCAGCAACCCUGUCCUAUCCUCUGA